AAAACCCCAGACAAGCCCCCCAAAAUAUCUGUUAUUCACAGUGUGGUUCGAUCCCCUGGAUUUCCUGCUUUUACAAAUCCACUACAAAAAACUACACCACAUUCACUAGUUAGGACUAUGAAUCAUAAAGCUAAUUCAAAUCAAAUUAACUGUCUGAGCAGUAAACAUAAGUCUAACGCUACACAAAUGCACUCAAAGCCACCUAACUCGUCAAAGUCUGAACCUGCUCUUAAUGUUUCUGCAUGUUCUCCACCCACAACAUCUGGUGCAUCUUCAACUCUAAAUUCUGUAGCACAGUUGUGCACAAGUGAAGCUUUAAGCUCAACAUCUACAUGUAACAGCUCUUCUUACAAAAAUACAGUGCACAAAACUAUUGCAUUUGAUAUAAAAAAACGUGUUGGCUCAUUAUCAUCUCCAUGCACAGAAAAACAAAAUAAUGUCUCAACAUUAAGUAGAUCUUUGUUUCAGUCAAGAGAACAUCGCUAUAAGGAAGCCAUUCAGACAAACGAAGCUCAUUACACACAAACCACAGACAUCAGAACCCAAGUUAUCCAUGAACCUAAUGCUUUGGCGGUCAUUCCAGAUCAGGAAAACAACACCAGAGGACCUUCUCUUAUAUCAUCAGAGGCUCAAAAUUUGUCUCCUGAUGCCUGCAACCAUAACCCUAAACCAGCCAUUGAUAUCAAUGACAAAUUUUAUUCUGAUAAAAAUAAAUUUAGUGGUACUCUAAUCAAUGAAUUAGUCAUGCAUGAGUCCAAACUCCAGAAAAAUUCAAAUCUUUCACAGGUCACUUACCCUCAGAAUUACAUUUCCCUAAUUAAGUCAAACAGCUCUUGUCUGCAGGGUUGUCUAAGCACAAAACAAAGGCUUGCACAUUGUCAAGGAUACAUAGGAGCAAACCAUGAGGGACACUGUGCAACAAGCCCACCAGUAAAAACAUCCCAGCUCACAGAGUCAGACACACAACAGUUCGCCUUGAGUGCAUCAGCCAGGCACGCAAAUACUAAGCUUAAAUCCAAUUCAGAUGGACAGGCACAUCUUAAUUGCUCAUUGCCCUUAGUCACAAUUCAAACUAAUGGUGAACCCAAUAUCUCACACAUGAAUACACAGGUGAAACCCAUCACCAAAUCUUCUGGCUGCCAAAACUCUGACUUUGAAAAUAUGUUACUAACGCAAGCACUCUCAAGUCCAGAACAUUCUGUCACUGAGUCAGCACCAUUAAACAGUGAAGGGAAUUGUUGUGCACAAACGGGUCCUGAAUGUGAUUCCAUGUUGCUGUCGUCAACAAUGCGCUUGGCACCCAUUUUCCCCUUUCAGUCCAGUGAAGGGGAGUCAAUCAUCAGACCAGAUUCAAAGUUUAGCCCUGCAUCCGCUCAGUUGUGCCCUGAGGACACCAGCCUGGCUCAUUCCCAUCCAGUGAAUGCAGCUUUGUUGCUUCCACCUUCCCCACAGUGCUGCAAAUCAGCAGCCCUGCAGCAGAGGCUCGAGUCUGUGGAGGCCAGCCUGGCAGCCAACAAGCACAGGAUCACCACUCUGCUUAACAUCAUCCAAGACUUAGAGACAUGCUGCAGUCCCUCCAGUCGUCAGCGAUCAAAGAAGACUGGACAGGACCUGAAAAACUGCUCAACCUGUCAGAAGACCGCUUGUAUUGUGUACAGUGUUGAGUAUGACUUCAGGCAGCAGGAAAGACGCUUCUUGGACAUUCUGAAUUGUGCAGCAAAUGGCAGCAAGGUUUUCUCUGUGCAUCUACCCCAGCCUUUAAAUCUUAGCCUGCUCAGAAAUAUCAUCUCUAAAAACCUGACAAAGACAAAGCUGAAAAGCAAAAAGCUGUACAAGACCCUGCUCAAGUGGCUUCCAAGAAAAAUUCAGCAACCAUAGAUCUCCUAAGAAGACUUUUGUGUUGUAGCUUUAUACACCUGUAAUAAAUGAUCAGCAAGUGCCCUUUGCAAGAAAUUCUUACUAUUCCCAUAGAAUGCUGUGAAUAGUUUCUUACCAGUUCCACUAUCCAAAAGUCUUAAGGCUUAAAAUUGGAAUUUUGUACAAGAAUUUGCUCUUGAUCUUUGUAACUUUCAACUAACGUGAUCCAUAAUCACUCCUUUAUUGUACUUUUUGAAGUAAAUGCUAUUUUGUUGUCAGCAUGCCUGCUUAUAUUGUAUGUGUAAACACACAUGUGGAUUUCUAUAUCUUAUUUAUAUAUGACAUGUUGUUCUCUUUGCUCUAUUAUGAUUAUUGCACUUGACUGACAUUUCCUCUUAAGUUGUCCGAUUACCUGCUUUCCCUGAAAAAUAAAUGUUCAGUGUACA